AUGUCUCUGGAAGACAUCCGCAUGAACACCCAGGAUUUGCUUGAAACAAAACAGCUAGAUGCUGGAGGAUUUGGAACAAUUUCUUUAUGCUUGCACAAGAAACACGGACAAGUAGUAUUAAAAAAAGUGUAUACAGGACCCCAGCAUGCUGAGUACAACAACGCCCUCCUCGAAGAAGGCAGGAUAAUGCACAGGCUGCAGCACAAGCGGCUGGUGAAGCUCCUAGGUAUUAUUUUGGAAGAUGGAAACUACUCACUUGUGAUGGAGUAUGUGGAGCGGGGGAACAUGAUGAAAGUGCUGCAGAAAGGCUGCCUGCCUUUGUCAGUGAAAGGGCGCUUUGUGCUGGAGAUCACAGAAGGAAUGGUUUAUCUGCACGAGCAAGGCUUCGUGCACAAAGACCUAAAACCAGAAAACAUCCUCGUGGACACAGACUUCCACAUUAAGAUUGCAGAUCUCGGCGUUGCCUGCUUUAAGAACUGGAGUCGGCUGACCCAGAAGGAGACCUCCCGACAGAAGCAGAUCAAGAGCACUCUGCAGAACAAUGCUGGGACCCUCUUCUACAUGGCCCCCGAGCACUUACGCUCCGUCAACGUGGAGCCCGUGGAGAAGUCGGACGUUUACAGCUUCGGGAUAGUCACCUGGGCCAUCUUUGCUAACAAGGAGCCCUAUGAACAUGGUAUAAAUGAAACCCAGAUUUGCUUUGGCAUCAUAAAUGGGAACAGACCAGACCUGAAGGAGGUCACUGAUAAGUGUCCAGUGGAGAUUACUGACUUAAUGCAAGCGUGCUGGGAGCAGGAGGCAGAGGAGCGACCGACCUUUGCAGAAAUUAUUCAAAGAUAUGAGCCAUUUUACCACCAAAAUCUAGGAAAAAGCAUUGAAGAUGAUCUGGAGGAGUUAAAAAGUACGUGGCCCGAGCCCAGGGAGGUGCUGACUAGGAUGGAGUCCCUUCAGAUAGAUGCUGUAGCAGAAGAUGCCAGCAAUGGCCAAGCAGAUGUGCCCAGUUCUGUAGGCAGCUCUCAGGGCCCUGCGAGCAGUCAGGUUAACGAAGCUCUGGCUGCUGCCUCCCCCGAGAACCAGCCCGUGGAGAGCUGUGAGACCUCUUUUGUGUCUGCUGAUGAUCUGGAAAGAAAACUUCAGCGUGAACUGAACUACCACGUGGCGGGGAGCUGGGAGGAUAAAGCAGUUCCCUCUGUAGCCUACACACACGAAAUGAGAGAGGAGGAGAGGAGACGAAGGGUUUCCUACGACCCCUUUGCAAAGUCAACUCCUGCUCCCCAGUGGAGCGAGCUGUACCCCAGAGCCGACACAACAGGACCAAACACUACCCCCUGUUUUUGGCCCCCGCUGGUUCCAACAGCACCUAAUCUAGGAAAUGGAGAUGCUUUUUACAAGCCAAACCCUAACAGUCUCCUCAUGGGGAGCACAGAGGGUCUCUAUGGAUUGAGUGCAGCCGGUACCUUCAGCCUCAGUAAACCUCCUGUGCCGGAAUCCGGCCCGGGCCAGUCACAGGCCAGCACAAACUGGUAUCCCAAGACCACCGACGCAGACACAGGUCAGAAGGAUUCUGUUUCUUUCAGUAGUGGAACUUUUACAUAUUUUGGUACUGGCCCCAGAACAAGCAGUGUAGAUACGAUCAAGUACAACAUAAGUAACAGUUCUGGAAUUCAGAUUGGAUCCAACAACCACAUGAAGAUUGAAGAGCAGAAUCAGCACGUUGGCACUUCUGCUGCUGCUACAGAAGCAGUUUACAUGGAUUACAAAGCAAAGGGUAUAUUUGACGAUACCACUGUCCUGACCGAGAAGCAUCUGAACCUGGUGAGAGAGAAGCUGGGCAAGCAGUGGAAGCACUGUGCUCGUAAACUGGGCUUCAGCAACCCCGAGAUCGACGAGAUCGACCACGACUACGAGCGGGACGGGCUGAAGGAGAAGGUGUACCAGAUGCUGCUCAAGUGGGAGAUGCGCAAGGGCUCCAAGGGCGCCACGGUGGGGACGCUCGCCAGGGCCCUCUUCUACUGCCAGAGACUGGAUCUCCUCAACAGCCUGAUGGAAAUCAACGAGCAGUAA